AUGGACUCAGCCAAUGGGACUGGAAUUAAAGAAUUCAUUUUGUUGGGCUUUGGAGAUGGGCAGCAGAAGAGAUUCCUGCUAUUCAUUUUUCUCAUGAUUGCCUAUGUACUCACUUUGACUGAGAACAUAGCUGUAAUCACAGUCGUGCUUCUAGAUGACCACUUGGCGCGACUACCCAUGUACAUCCUUCUGGGCAACUUCUCCUGGCUAGAGGUAUGUUAUGUGACCACCACAGUACCUCGUAUGCUCUUCGACCUCAUAUCCUCUCAUAGGACCAUCUCCUUCCAUGCCUGCUUCCUCCAGCUCUACAUUUUCUUCUCUCUUGGCAGCACCGAAUGCUUCUUCCUCUCAGCCAUGGCCUUGGAUCGGUACUUGGCCAUCUGCCACCCAUUGCGUUACCCACAACUGAUGUCACCAAAUUCCUGCUACAUCCUGGUGGCCACCUGCUGGGUCAUUGGCUUCCUGUUCCAUGCUGUUUUAGUGAUCUUGAUCUCCGAAUUAUCCUUUUGUAGUUCCAACAUUAUCGACCACUUUGUGUGUGAUCCUAGGCCAAUUCUGUUCCUAGCCUGCCCCCCUCUAGGAAAUGUUCCCAUCAUCCACCAGAUCACCACAAGUGCAGGAAUUAUACUCAAUAUUUUCAUUGUUCUGAUAUCGUAUGGUGUUGUGAUUCUCAACUUGAUCAAAGUUUCAAAUCAAGACAGUCGCAGGAAGGCCUUCUCCACUAUAUCUGUCCAUCUUAUGGUGGUUGCACUUUUCUAUGGAUCAAUAACAGGGAUGUAUUCAACUUCAGUAGGAGAAAACCAAUCAGAGGUCACUAAGGCAGUAACUCUCUUCUACACAGUCAUUACACCCUUUCUCAACCCCUUCAUCUAUUGUUUGAGGAAUGAUCAGGUGAAGGAUGCACUCUGUAGAUUGUUAAGGAGGAAGGAGAGAUGGAUGAGGAGAAAAGAGACAGUGUAA